AUGGGGCUUUUCCUCUCCAGGCAGUUCAUGCCUGUCCACAUCAGUGAGUUCACGCUCCCCACGGACGAUGGCGCCCCGGGAGCCUUCGCGUACCGCAAAGUAGCUGCGAGCGAAUCUGUGAGCCAGGCCCGUGACCACGAGGAGGACGAGGAGGCGGCGCGCUUUGCAGAGGCAAUCAAGUCAGAGUGCAGCUGCACGUGGAAGGAUGUGCGAAACUUUGCAUCAUUCGUCGCAUGCGUCCUUCUCUCUGUCUCCCUACUUAUGGUCGUGGGAAAGUUCAUUCACGACGGCACCGACAUCCACGAGUCCCGCACGAAGCUCUUUAAGGGCGUCCGGCACUCCGGCUCCGCAGUGCGGGCGGCGCACCUCGUGGUGCACCCGGAGAUCCAAGGCGCUGUGGCGCUCGCGUCGACUUUAGCCGUGAAGAAAAUCGCUCUCGUCAUGUUCUACACGCCUUGGUGCCAGCAUUCCCACGCGCUCCUGUCUGAGUGGGCGGCGGCGCGCCACAACAUCAUGCACAGCGGCCUGGCCCCUGGCCACGCCGAUGCGCUGAUGGUCAAGGUUGACUGCUCGAGUUUUGCCGACCUGUGUGAGUUUGUGGGCAUAAAGGGCUACCCGACCGUGCUUGUGUACACAGACGAGACGGGCUACCUGAGCAAGUAUGUUGGAGCUCGCACGAGGCUUGGCUUCCAGGCAUUCAUUGCCGACAAUGUGCCCAAGGCCAACGCACGCGCCAACGUUGCCGGCUACGAUGAGAGCUACGACGAGCCAUACUCGUACAAUGUGCCCAAGGCCAAGAGGAGGCCGGACGUGUCGCUUCUUCGCCGCCUGAAAAGGCGCGCCCGCCGCGUGGUCGACUCGCCGGCCGUGGCUGAGCUGCCUCCUCCGCUUUCGCCUGCUCCCCGCCCUCUGCCCUCUCUUGGCGCACCGGCGAGCGUGCAGUACUCUGUGAGGGUGCCCCUCCCCGGCGGCGACUCCCUCUUCGCCACCGUCCCAGACGGGCUGGCGGAGGGCGACUCCUUCCUUGUGGAGAAUGGAGGCCCUGCCCGCAAAGGCCGCAGCGCCCCAGUCGCUCCUUUUACGGUCGAGGAGAUGGAGUACACUUGGUCCUUCGGGGGCUUCUGGGACUCGUCGACGUACAUCGAUGGCAAGCUCUACUCGCCCGUCUUCACGAGCGGCCAGUACAACUGGAGCGCCCCCCCUGUCUCGCCUUCAACCGCACAUCACUCCUCUGACGCCGACCACCAGUUCAGCGUGCGCGCUUGCGAUUGGGGCUUUCGGGAGUUUGUGACGCUGGCGGAGCUCCGAGAUGCGAGCUCUGGCUUUGUGGUAAACGGCGCGCUCACGGUCUCGGUCAAGCUGCGCGCAAAGGAGUGA